GCUAUGUACCUAGAUACCUACUAGGUAUGUAGAUACUUGAGUAUAUGAGCAGAGAAGGUGCACUACCGGUAGGUAAUGUAUCUCUUCAAUAGGUACACGUAGGUACCUUACCCUUACGAUCCAUGUAAGGCGGAAGAGCGCGUCUGUGGCCCUGCGCCCCGCGCCCCCCGCGCAACGAACAGCUUGAGCCACUGUAAACACCCGCAUCGUCCCUAAGGCCGAUCCAUGCCUGCACCACCAUCAUGGAGGGUUUCCUUCGCGAAUGGAGGCAAGACGCCCUGAAUAAAGUCCAGCACGAAUCAGCCAUCUUCAUCGGCGACAAGCUGUUAGCACUCACUAACCAUGACAAUGAUGCCUUUUGGCUAGCACAAGUGCACUUUGCCACGGGCAACUAUACGAGGGCGCAGGCAUUCCUAUCCAAGCAGGAUCUCAUCGCUCGAAACCCAUCGUGCCAGUACUUGGCCGCCCUCUGCUUCAUCAAACAGUCUCGUUAUGAUGAGGCUCUGGCAGUGCUCGGGGAGCGCUCCCCAGAUCUCAUAGCAAACCCCGCGACUAAACGCAAAACUCAGCACACAAACGGUCGCUCUGCGGCGGGCGUAGGGCGCAGCUUCUCCAGAGCCCAGGACAGCCGAGGUGAAGCACCCGACGAUGAAACGACCAACAGGCGGUUUGAGGCCGCCAUGUGCUAUCUCAGAGGCAUCUGCUAUGCCAAGCAGAACGCCUUCGAUCGAGCGAAAGAGUGCUACAAGGAUGCUGUUCGGAUCGAUGUGCAGUGUUUUGAGGCCUUUCAGCAGCUUAUGAAGAACUCUCUAAUGUCGCCAGAUGAAGAGUGGCAAUUCUUGGAAUCUCUUGAUUUUGAUGCCAUAAGGGUUUCCCGAGAGCCCGGGGAGCCAGUAGAUGACUCACUGUCGCAGGAAGCUGCCCACUUCACCAGAAUGCUGUACACUACACGGCUCUCAAAAUACCGGAACCCUGAUUCCUUUACCACCGCCUGCGAGACGUUGUCAACUCACUAUAAUCUCGCCUCAAAUCCGGAUCUCCUUCUAGCCCGAGCAGACCUCCUAUACACUCAGUGUAGAUACAAGGAUGCUUUGGCAAUAACGAGUUCUGUUUUGGAAGAGGAUAAAUACAACUUCAGCAUAUAUCCUUUGCACCUUGCUUGCUUAUUCGAAUUGAAGAUGAAGAACGUCUUAUUCUUAAUAGCACACGAUCUUGCCGACAACCACCCAGAGGAGCCCUGCGCAUGGCUUGCGGUGGGAAUUUAUUACUUUGCAAUCGACAAGAUAGCCGAAGCCCGACGCUAUUUUAGUAAAGCUAGCAUGAUGGAUGCGCACUUUGGACCAGCCUGGAUCGGCUUUGCACAUACCUUCGCAGCCGAAGGCGAGCAUGAUCAAGCCAUAUCAGCGUAUUCGACCGCCGCCCGGCUCUUCAUGGGUACGCAUCUGCCUCAGGUGUUCCUGGGAAUGCAGAACCAUGCCUUGAACAAUAUGACACUUGCCGAUGAGUUCCUGAAAACGGCCUAUGGCCUUUGCAAGACGGAUCCACUACUUCUCAAUGAGAUGGGAAUUGUAUAUUAUCACCAAGAUCGCCCGCAAGAAGCCGCCACGUUAUUUCUUAAGGCGUUAGAGGUGGCUGAAGAUAUCGACGCAGAGCCUCAGGCUUGGCUCUCGGCUCGGACAAAUCUGGCGCACGCUUACAGACGCGCGAAGAAGUAUGAAGAUGCGCUAGACCAAUUCGAUGAAGUGCUACGACAGGGCGGCAAGGAUGCCGCCAUCUUUGCUGCAAAAGGGUUGAUUUACAUGGAGCAGGGUAGCAAGUGGGGUAUGGCUGUCGAAGUACUACACCAAGCUCUAGCAAUACACCCACAAGACCCAAUUGCGACAGAGUUACUGAAUAAGGCUUUAGAAGAGACGGCAGGGAUGUUGAUAUAAGGACAACAACGCCUACUUUAAUCCAGAUUUGGUCCAUACAGUGUCUAGUGUACAAAUGCACAACCAAACUAGCAUUCUCUUACGUGUUGAACUAUAUCGAGACACAUGUUGAGAGCCAUCGUUUGACUGCGGAGCC